AUUUCUUGCGUUUAAAACCCUUGGGAAAAAUAAAUAGUUGUUGCAUCCUCCGUUUAAAAUCCCUGGGUUAGUACUGAUUUUGUUGGUUUUUGGAUUUUAUCAGGGUGGAUUUGUUACCUCCAAGGUCCACCUCUGGUUGCUGCCGUUUAUGCUCAAGACAAUUUGCUCUGAGGUAAAAGGAAAAGAAAGUCAAGUAUACGAAUGAGUCAGAAAGUAAGGUGUGACUAUUUUGAAGUACCUGUGACACUACUGUUAUAUUUUGGCCAUAAAAUCUGUAACUAAUUUCCAAGUAUACAAGAAGGUUGCUGGGUUGAGUUCGGUUACACAAAUAACACCGCAGUAUACCAUACAAAGGAUUUGAAAAAUCUAGAGUAUUUUGGAUUUAAAGCUAUUUGUUCUCACCUUCCAAGGCGCUUUGUCCUCAAGUUGUUUGUUUGUUUCCAUCAUGUCUGAAAAAUGUACAAAUGAUGCUAUAAAACGAAACAAAAGCGUUGGUGACAGUGAAUCUAAUACAUUGGUUGACGAUGGUCAUCAGCGAAAAAGAAUGUGUAGAGCGAGUUAUAUGCAUAAUUCUGAAGAUGUUAUUAUGUCUGCAACUGACACAUUUAUUUGCAAAUAUUCAUCAGUUGAAUAUCAAUGUUCCUCCAGUACAUCUUCUACUAACCACUGUGUGAUUGAGCCUGUUAACGAUGAUGAAAUGUUGGAUAUCAUCCCGCUUGAAAAAGCCAUGUACACCUCUGAUAAAAAAGGGAAAAACGUUGUGAGUUUGUUCAACAAUGUUGAAAACAGAAUUCAAAAAAUCGUAGAUGCUGAUAAUUGUUGUCCAAUGAAGAAGGGUCAGGCAUUUUUCCAAAAAAAUGAAAUGGUAUGUUUUGAAUUUUUUGCAAUAAUUGUUUUCUUUAGGCUUGGUUUUAGGAUUAAGUUACUUCCAUAUAGUGAUUAUAUUUUUUUAUAUAUGUUUUUUUUGUAGGGGUUGUGAAAGAUUAUAUGGAUUUGGGUGAUAAAAGUUAUAAAUGCGUGUAUUGCGGUGCAUAUUUUUGGUUAAAAGAGUCUCUUAAACAAAGCUGGACAAAAAAUCAACCAAUUUUCACUCUCUGUUGUCAACAAGGAAAAAUUAAAUUUUCAAGUCCAAAGCCAACACCAUCUUUUUUAGAUUCAUUGCUUGAUCCAAAUGGAAGUCAAAAAAAGUUUAUCAUUUCGAGAAAAUAUUAGAGCUUACAACUCUAUGUUUUCAUUUACUUUAAUGGGAGCAAAAGUUGAUCACUCAAUUAAUGAUGGAUCAAGUCCUUACAUUUUUAAAAUUAGUGGUCAAGUUUGUCAUUUGAUGGGUUCUCUUUUACCUGUUGAUAAUGAGUCUCCAAAAUUUGCUCAGUUAUAUGUUUAUGAUACAUAUAAUGAAAUACAGAAUCGUCUUAGAGCUUUUGAUUGUGAUGGAACAAAUAAAAAACUUGAUUCAAAAAUUGUGGAAAACUUGAUUAAAAUGUUUGAUGAAUCAAAUGAGUUGGUCAAACUUUUUCGAACAGCAAGAGACAAAUAUGAAACUGAUAGUCUGACCAAUUUAAAACUUACGUUGCUAGGGAGACAACCAAAUGAUAGCAAGCAAUAUGAUCAACCAACAAGUGAUGACAUAGGUGGUUUAAUAGUUGGUGAUAUAGGUUUAUCUAAUUCUAAUAGAGAUAUUAUUGUAGAUUGUAAAAGUGAAGGAUUAAAGCGUGUUACAAAAUUGAAUCCAAAAUUUAUGGCUCUUCAGUAUCCUAUUCUUUUUCCAUAUGGUGAAGAUGGGUAUAGACCAGAUUUAAAAUGGAAUGAAAAUUAUAACGGUCCAAAAACAAAGAGACAAAGAAUACCUAUGAGAGCUUAUAUAGCUUACCAGAUUCAAGAAAGAGAUCCAUACUUAACUACACUGUUAAAAGGUGGUAGACUUUUUCAACAAUAUUUGGUAGAUUCCUUUGCAACACUUGAAGAAGAUAGGCUGGAUUAUAUUAGACAAAAUCAGAAAAAUUUAAGAAGUGAAAUUUACAAAGGAAUUUAUGAUGCAAUGUCAAGAGGUGACAAUGAUGCAAACAAUUUAGGCAAAAAAAUUGUGUUACCUGCUUCGUACACAGGAAGUCCUAGAUAUAUGAUUAAUAAUUAUCAAGAUGCUGUGGCUAUUUGUAGAGAAUAUGGUCAUCCUGAUUUGUUCAUAACGUUUACAUGCAAUGUAAAGUGGCCAGAAAUCAUAAGAGAAUUUGAAAAAAAAACCAGGAUACAAGCCUGAGGAUAGGCCUGAUAUAAUUUCUAGAAUAUUUAAAAUGAAACUUGAUGAUAUGCUCGAUUUCAUUAAAUCUGGAAAGCCCUUUGGACAGGUUGAGGCAAGUAAGUUUCUUAAAACUUAUUUUUUCCCUUAUCUGAAUUUUUUUUCCUUUUUUUUGCUUCAUCAGGCUAACCCUUUUUUUUUUUUUUUUUUUGUUUCAAUUAUUUUUGGAAACAGAUGUUUGUACAAUUGAAUUUCCCUUUUUUUUGCUUCAUCAGGCUAACCCUUUUUUUUUUUUUUUUUGUUUCAAUUAUUUUUGGAAACAGAUGUUUGUACAAUUGAAUUUCAAAAAAGAGGUUGCGACAAGUUUUUUUGUUAAAUUUGGAGCCUGCUCAUAUGCUACCUCUUCAGAUUAUUGAUAAAACAGUCACAUUGAGCUUAGGUAUACCACAGACUCCAUCAGUCUCCACAAAGGUUAUGUUUCUUUUUCUUAUUAUACUCUCUAACCCACUAAUAUUAUGAUACAGUACCUUUUCUUGCUCAUGCAUAAAAAAUAAAAAUAUAAACAAAAAAACCAGCUCAAAAAACUAAUUUCUAUUCAUCUUCUUCGUUGUAUGGUUAAGCUUACAGAAAACCUCUUAUAGGUAUCGUCUAAAUCCUCAAUCACAAUACAACGAUUUAAUGGUAUGCUUUCCUAAUAUUCUUUCUUGCUGAGUUUUCAUUUAAAUUCAAUAUUUACUAACCUUUCUCUUUAGGGGAAUUGGCUACUACCAAUGUAUAUACCGACUGUCUUCUUUUUACCUAAUCUGAAUACAAGCCUUAUUCCUUGCUUGACCAUUGAUAACUUGAGUUGUACAUAUGUAUAAAGUAUAUCUUCAAUCAGAGUACCUGCAUUUAUACUUAUAUAUGUCCAGCUUAAACCUUUCAUUGGACAAACAACCGGUUAACCAUGUGUUCACAAUAGGUCAAAAGAAGAAAGUGAUUGUGUAUAAAUAGGUAGCACCAAUUCCUCUGAAGAGAAAAGAUGGAAGUGAUGAUUGAACUAAAAUACAUCAACAAACUGUCUCUGUAUUGCAAAGAGAUACCAAAUUAGAUAUAUCUGAUCCAUCUUUUUACACAUCAUUUCACUUUUCAACAUGUUUGAUUUAAUUCUGCCAUUUGCACCAAAAUACCUAAACAAUGAGACCAAAUUUUCAAGUCAAAAAAAUUGUAUGUGUCAUAUUUUUCCUUUUCUAUUCCUUCACUUUUAUACAGACUUUCAUUUGAAUACCAUCAUUUUCACAAGCCCUUAUACACAUUUGAUUCAAACUUCAUCAUUCUUUACAUAUUUGUCUAUAUUAUACUCACAUUUUUGUAAUCCCGCAGCAACGCGCGGGCCCUACUUCUAGUUAUAUAUACUAAAACUCAGUUGAAGAUAACUGUUCAUCAAUACUGAUUUGACCGAAAUGCCCCUCUUUUGAUCACCAUAGCCCGUUGUUUUUUGUAUUAAAACAGUGAAAUUACGUGUUUACCCCCGUUGUCCACCUGUCGAUCAUCGUGAAGGUUAGCUGAAUUGGGUCUGCUUCGAAACAAACUCCACUUUUGCUUCCAUUUCGUCUUCUCUCUCAGAAACAUUACCCUCUCUCUCUCUCUCUCUCUCCCCCCUUCCCUCUCUUGCUGCGUUGCGAUCCUCACACCACAAUCUCAUCCUUACAGAUUCGUCCUCUUCGUCUCGAUCCCGAACUCGGAACCACCGCGACCACUAGGGGCCACUGCCGCGUGAAAUUAUGGGCUUCAAUCGUUUUCUAAAACCUUUUGUACUCAUGGUAAGUUAUUCUAGGUUUUAUUCUAUAUUCAGAUCAUCCCCAAUUUCGAAAGUUUAGGAUAUUGGUUUGUUUCCGUGUUGCAUGUUUAACAUUCUUCUGUGUGAUGCUGAGUUGAGGCUUUACGAACUGGAAUCGUUGAGGGUAGGCUUGAAUUUGGCCAAAUUUUGAGCCGAAGAGUUUUUCAACAUUAAGAUUUAGAUACCCGAGGUUGGUUGAAGGAUUUUGCCUCUGAACUCAAUUCAGGUGCAAAACACCAUAGAGUAUUUAAACAUCAUCGGGGCCUUGGAUGAGAAUGAGAAUCUGACUGUUUUCGUUGACGUGCUUUCCCACUCAUCGCCAAAACAAACCCGUGCUUCCUCCCUCUUCGUCUUCUCCUCCAGCAAUUUGCGCCCUUAGUUCUCAAUAUGAUUCACAGUAAAAACCCAGAAACUUAGAGAGUAAAAACGUUGAAACUUAAAGAUCUUACCCCGCAGUGCUCAAUCUAGAGAAUUGGUACUCAUAAUCAAUAAGAUUCAUACGGCUUAUUGGUAUCAAUUUUGGUUGCAGCAAUGCUAUUCUUGCUGAAGACCUGCCAUAAUAAGACUGCAGCACCUGCAGCUCCACCAUCAUUUCUGAAAAAUUAGAUUUACUAAGUCAAUUACCUGCUUUGCAACAGCUUCUUUCUUGCCUUCUUGAUUGCCAGGUCAAGCUCUCUGAGUACAUUGGGAAUAAGUGUGUGAUUCUCUUUUUUUACGCAUUUGACGUCACAUUUGUUUGUCCUAUAGGACCUGGUAAGCCAACAGUUUUCAACUGUAUAAAUGAAAACAGCUCCAUAUGAGAAGAAAGGAGGAACAAACUGAAGAAACAAACUCAUUUGAUUAAGGAAGUUCAACUCUACUCAUUGUUUCUUAUUUUAGAUAGGGUUGUGAUUGGAUUUCCACACAUAUACAAGUAGUACGGCUUAUCAUGUAUAUUUAAAACUUGCGACAUAUUUUAUACAGUUUUAAAACCCGCAGCAUCGCGCGGGCACUCA